ACAAAGACGUCUGAUCUGACCGGGGAGGUGCUGUGCUGGUUCUAAUUAUUUUAAGAAAACAGGUAAUGUAGCCUUAAAUUAUAAAAAUGACGUAAGCACAAGGAAUAUAAAAUCAAUGAAUGAUCAGUAAAGGAGGCACAAUCCGACGUUUCAGCGAGAUGUAUUCUCCUGUGGUCUUUGGAUGGCUGCUGAUUUUUCUCCGCGCUUUGCCUGUACUCAGUAUAGACCAAUCAGGUAAGAGGUUUACCAUGUUAUAGUUUAAAACGUUCUUUUAUCACUGCGUCCUAAUCCUGUGACAAAUUUCCAGCAUCUUCCUAAAUUCAUGUAUUAAAAAGAAAUUAAGAAAUUAGAGAACCUCUACAAAAUAUAUAGGAACGGUCUAUUUCUCCCUCUGGUUCUCAACAGUAGGUGAUACACUUGAUCAAACCUUGGCCUCACGCAAAGCGCUGUUUUGUUAAACUGUUUAAAUUACUGGCCCAAUAGGUUCGACGAGCAAAAACGAAACUCUGCACCGCUUAACACUUUUUGAACACGUUUUGGCCGUCCUUCCCAGAACUAUGAAGUGAAAUAGUCGAAAUACCCUGUUAAAACGUUUUCUUAAGGUGACACAAAAUCUCUUUUCACCUUCAUUUGACGGAGUGAGCCUUUGAUUAUUGUGGCUCACGUGUGGCUAUAAUUAAACGAAAUUAUCGCCUUGUUUUUGUUAAACAAUUGGUUUGGUCGAUAAAUGAAUUUUAGUGAUGUUAGCUAACAGAUAAUUGAUCUGAUUAAUUAACAUCGGGUGGUACCAAGUUAUCGUUCGACUUCUCUUUCAUCUGCUCCAUUUAAACAAUUUUGCUGGAGUGAAAUCGAAAAUGACUUACAUAAUCAAGCUAGCUUGUGGACAAAAAACAAUAUUAUUGUGAAUCGUGACACGUUAACAUUUUUUAAGAACUUCUACAGCCGGAAACCUGUAGUACUCAACAUUCAACUUGAGCGACUAACAUUAAGUUGUACCACCCAAGUUUCAACUUCACGUUUGAACAUUCAAAGUUAAUAAUUCAACUCUCAACAUUUGACACGACUGACAUAAUCACGCAUUCUUGAAAACUGAGGGCACAGCAUUCUACGAAAAUACACAACAUGUAAGUUGUGCAACCAACAUUCAGCUUUUUUUCAGAAAGUAAGAAAUUAUUAUGCUCCCUGGCUAACACCGGAACUAAAAAGGUUGAAGCUACUAACAACUGUCAGAAUUGUUGAAUUGUUAACUUUGAAUGUUGAAACGGGAAGUUGAAAGCUGGGUGCUACAACUUAAUGUUAGCCGCUCAAGUUGAAUGUUGAGUACCAAAGUUGAUUUUUGGUGGGGAUUAAGCACCAUAUUACAGUUACUUUUUGCCAUUAAAGAAAGAUAAAAAAGGAAACGGGUUGUAAUUUUACAAAAUUUUAUACAGAAAACUAUAAUUAGUCACGGUUUAUGGGUUAAUUUUUCAGUUAUAUCGUGGAAGGAAGGGAGUCGUUUCGGUUCAGGCAGUUGAAUUUCCUUUAUUUACCAUUCUGUUUUUCUCGGUUUCAAACAAUAUCAAAAACAAUUAAUAAGUCGACAUAGCCCGAGAAAGGUAGAAUAUUCAUGAGCCUCAAUAGCAUAAUAACCUUUAGAAAACUGUUUUCACUGCAUACAUAAUUGUCCCGUGACGCGGGAAAUAAGUAUCUCCUUUAAAUUUUUGCGUGCUGGUGGCAUGAUGCAUUGCGGCCCUUCCUUAGAAUUGCUCGGUUUUUGCCAGUGCCUCUUGGCCACUUCAACAGAGUUCAGUGAAAGUGAGUUCUAAGUUUCGCUGUGGUUUCAACCGCCGCCAUGAGAGUUUGAAUUUAUCGUACAGCAAAUCGAAUCGCUGGGGCUAGAGGUGAAUAUUUUGGGAGGUGGUAAUUGUUAUGUGGCUGUCUUCCCACUAGAAUCCCUUGCAAAGAAUCUUCUGGAAAUUUUUAACCUUUAAUAAUACCACCAACUUAUUAAUGUGAACACUCGAGUCACUGAAAAAUCCGCGCCUACUAUAGAUUUAUUCGUAACCAAAAACAAGGAAAAUUAUACGCAUUCUUGGGUUUGUCACUGACAUCGGAAUUAGUGACCAUUCUCCUCAUUACUACCAUCCGCCAGGGGCACCCAACGAGAAUAUAGUUCAAAACCACUUAAACAUAGAAUUGUUAAACGUAUUUUAGUAUUUAAACGGUAGAUAUAGGCAUAUUUUAAUCCCCUAAAAAUUUUUGAUCUGUUCGGAUUUCUUAGCUGAAAGUCUAGUGAUCCGAAAAUUAUAGGGAUCAAAACUUAACUUUUCGAAAAUUUCAGCCAGGAAAAAGGCUCCCGAAAAUUCUAGGUGACCUUUUUAGGGUAAAAAUUCGUUAAAAAUAGGCAAUUAUACCAUUUUUUAGAUGUUUGAAAAUCCUAGGAGAGGCAGGCAAGCAAGAAAUUUUACAACAAAUGUUCCGAAAAUUCUAGAUCUCAAAUCGUCUUCCGAACAGAUAUUUUUCCGAAAAUUGUCUUUGGGUGCCCCUGAUCCGCACAGCGCGCAAAGCGCAAAUGAAAACUGUGGAGUGUGACUCUUGCUGGGAGCCUAAUGGACACAAUGGACCAGCGCGUGCUUUAUUGACAAGAUAGCUUAGCAAUACAGUUCAACAAUACAAAUGAUCUUAGAAGUAAUACCAAAAAAUUACAGAAAUUAUAUAAUUUCUACACAAACAAACAUUUAAAUAAUGUGGAACGCGACAAACCGGUAAAAAAACCAUUGGGACAAAAAAAAAACCGGGAACGUACUUCUCGAUCGAAUGCAGUGUAUCGAGCUCUGAGGAUUAGAGCUUUAGACUAAUCUAGGAACUAAUAAUAAGUUUGGUCACCGACAAGACAACAGCUGUCCAAAAGGCGAGAUAGACAAAAAUGCUUCUACAUCGAUGUUUACUGUAACAAAUAUUCAUAACGUAUAUCAAAUGUAGUUACGUAACCUCUAUUGAAGGACUGAGUAAUUAAGAACAAAAGGUUGACACAAAUGUGAAAAGAAUGCUACGAACCGUAAUGAAACAGUUUUUCAACUACACGUUGUUGCGUUGAAAAACAUUUAUUAUCUAUGGAGUUACAAAAUUUUGUACUCCCAAAGGGAAACCAAAGAUUGUGAAGUCGCGACUAUUUAAAAUUUUUGAUACUUAUUCAUUCCACGCCGACCUUAGCUUAGCACCCUGGCACCUAGUUCAUUUGGAAGGAAAUCCAAAUCGUGCCUGGGAAAUGUGACUUCCAUGCACCAAAGCGUAAAAGGAAAGUGAGAAAUUAUUAUGCUCCCUGGCUAAGCUUAAAUAUUAGCACCCUGGCACCUAGUUCAUUUGGAAGGAAAUCCAAAUCGUGCCUGGGAAAUGUCUUUUUAAAAGAUUCAAUAUUCAAGGAGCCUUUUUCUAGUUUCGACCAUAUAUGAGGUCCUAGAUAUCUAAGAGAAUGUUGUCCAUAGUUAAUAACGUUAAAAAUAGGAAUAUCAAAAUCACUGGUAAUAACUAGUGCUUUUCUGCUUAAAUAGUUCGUCAACUUUGUACAUUAAUAUAGCGAUACCUUGUAGUCUUCGAUUUAGAAGUGAAGGUACCUCUUCGCGAACCAAAAGGUUUUCGUGUGAUUCUGAAGUUAAGAGGCAGUCUCCCUAAAAGCGUUCCACUCGAUUUCGGACUCGAAAAAACUUUUGCCUUAUAAUUUUACCAUCAACCUUACUAUGCAUCCUAAUAACGAAAUUGCAGUUAGAAUGAGGAAAUUGUUUAUUUUACUGCCAUUCUCAGCAUUUCAUUGCUGGACAGCUGUUAGCGGCUAAAAUAUGCAAAUUUUAGUCUCUGUUAUACAGAUUUUUCAACGAUCGUUCUAAAGUUCUUCGGAUCAUCAAAUCCCAGACUAUUUGCACUCAUUUUCUUUUGACUGUUCCAAUAUCAUUUAGGCAUUACGUUUCUGUAAUCAGCAAAAACUGGUCGUCUUUAUUUCACUAAUCCAAUUAAGAAAGCAAACUGUACGAAAAAAUGCCUCAAAAUCCUCAGUUAUGCACCUAUCAAUGUAAAUCCCGCCAGGGGGUGGGGAGUGCGGGCAAGAGGUGGGCAUUUGAUGCCUGAGACUAUCCUCCCUGUCGGGCUUUUGAUCGUGCGAAGCUACCCCGGGGUCGGGACAUUUGACGUAAACACUUUUCAGUGUAAAACAGAGUGGGGUCUGGGUACCAGAUUACAUUUGACUUUGACCGACAGAAGCCUGGUAUCAAUUUAGAAGCGGUUACCAAGUAUGUCCGUCAAGGCUUUCUGAAGGUCACGCUGUUGGGGAAAGGUAUGAAGUUUUUAUUUGUUUUAAUCGCCAUAGUCGGAUACUUUAAACUGUCAUCUAACCAGAUAAUGUCUAUUUUGAGAAAGUUCUUAUCUUCAAGUUCCCAUCUGAUUGUAAAACUCGAGUGAAAUCGAAUUCCACUAUGGAAGUCAGAGGAUUUUUUACUGGUCACCGGCACCGAUUGUACGUUUCAUUAAUAUUAUAAUAGCACGGCGGUAGCGAAGCUACGUUUUAUAGAAAACCCUAUAUAUAAUAUUUAUUGUAGUAAAGUAUUAAAAUAUGCACAAUUUCAAGCGUCUUUUUAAUUUUAAUAGUAUCAAGUAAACUCACAACACUGUUGAUGUAAAAUACAAAUAUCCACAUUUUCAGUCAAUCUUCCUGGAGUGAUUAUGUUGUUCAAAAUAAGAGAUGCUAGUGGAGAGAGAAAAUACUUAAUUACAGCGAGUAAUUUAACGUAGCUUACGUUAACCUUAAAUAAAAGUAGUAAUAGCGUACUUUUGAAAUGUUCUUUAAUUCGUUUUAUAUAGUAUUAUAGUAUUGCUUGUUUAGAUUUUUUCCCCUGGGGUGGGGCUGUUUUGACACUUUUGAUUGACCUUUCUUUUCCCACCCUGGGGGAUUUGAUCAAAAAAUUUUUAAAUUUUUCAAAUCCCCGCCCCUUGCCCGGAUUCACAUACAUCUGAACAACAGCUGAAGGAUCUAGGAUCACAUUUUUAAAAAUCGGCCUUUGGACCCUUCGUGUGGAUCCAAGUUCAUAUUGAUAUCGAUUUUACUAAUUAAAAUUAGGCGCCACCGCGUUUAUCAUUUCGUUUUUGCGACUUCGACAUUUGAUACACCAGCCUACCGCGGACAAUGUUGUUGAGCCACUCUUAGAGGGUCUUAUUGCUUUUUUGUCUGCAUACCGAGAUGCUAUGAAAAAGAAUAUAAAGACUCAAACACUUCACGAAUCUUAUGGGGAAAAAAAUACAAAAACAAACAGCAAAACAAAAAACUAGCGAGAUUGCGUGCAAGGAAACGAUGGUCUCGUACAAAUUUCCCUAAAAUAGUCAAAUAUAAAUCCCCUAGUCGUUCAAAGCUUAACAACUUGACAGGCUAACGGUUUUAUUUAGUGGUGGUGUGAACAGGUUACAACUGGACACUGUCAGGCUACUCAGUCACUUCACUCACCGUCCAUCACGGAAUUGAUAGCGUACAGCAUUACCAGCAUAUCACUAGCACUGUACAUAGACAAUCAUAUCAGAUUUGUUAUCGAAGGCCGGUAGAUUUAUACAUCUAAAAAUUUAUACUGAUAGGUAUCCGGACACCACCUGCGAUCAAGCAAGGAAUAAAAUCAAGUAAUAAAAAGGAAGUUUUUCUGCGAAGCUUUAGCGAUAACUGUUGUACGAUUACCACAAGAACUACCGAGAAAAUCUCAGUCGCUUUAUUACGCCUGAAAAAAAGAGGGACUACGCCAAGUGUAACUUUAUUUCUUUCGAUGAUCGGCCUCGACAGGAAUGCUUUAUAAAAAGAUGUGAAGUGUUUAAAUGAAUAUUAAAAAAACGAACUGUUAAAAAUGCAAUAUGAUAGACAAUAAAAGGAUUUUGCAAAAUCACAAAUCUGUUGCUCGCAAAAAGAGGCUCGAAGCUCGCACAAAAUGGCUCCGGCUCGCCGGCUCGCAUAUUAGUUACUCUCUGAACGUUGAUGCAAAUGACGCUAUGUCGGAUGGUAGGUUGUCGUAAUUACCCUUGCGAAAUCUGUGAACUCUCACAUUUCGGCCUCCAUCUUAAGCCGUCUUAUUCAAUUCUAACGCGAGUAUAGCUGUGGUUUGGUUUUCUGAGUAAUUGAAGGACUGCAGGUGUGUGAAGGUCUGAUCCUUGUUAUUGGUGUUGCCAUCCCCCCUUCGUUAUAGUGUGGAAGGCAGGACAUUGGUUGGGGCAGGAGCAGUUUCCUCCCAUAACUUAGUUCCCCGUGUCGGGACAAUAGGUAUGCAGUGGGAAUACUAUACUGUAUUUAGCCCGACACUAAAACGAAUCCCUAACCAGAUGAGAUGAUUUCACUAGUCAUGAUGACGUCAUGGGUCAUUAGCAUAUUAACUCUAACCCUUACAUCAGUUUGUACUAUAAGAGGUUUUUAGAAAUAAAUUAUUUUCAUAACGCUGGACUAUGGCUGUUAGUUGAAAAACACUGCUCAUGAUUUCAUUGCAUCUUGCAAAGCAAGACACUAGAAUUUGCGUACGGCGACAAAAUCAGAUUCUUUCAAAUGACAAUGGAAAUACAUGUUCGGUGGCACAGUGUCAAUGCCAAAAAUGAUUAAGGCUUUGAACAUUUUACAGAAUUUGAAAACCCUUCUAGAUUUGCACAAGUCAUACUCAGCCGAAUGUUGAAUAAUUUUGAAAUAACUGGUUUUAACGCCCCCGGAUUUCCUAUGAUUUUCAUCUUAUUCAAUUUUGUAUAUCAGUGCCUUUUUUGUAUUUUGUGUUAUUAAAUUGAAUCGUUGCCUGUUUCAUGCAAUAUGGUAACCAGUUUGCCUAUUUUAUGACUAAAUAAAGCUAAACUGCGUUACAAAUGUAGGUCAUUUUAUGUAUGUCAUACAGUAGGCGGGUUGCAGUACGUUAAACGGUAUUAUACCGGAUGACGGCCGUGGAGUGGUUGUGUGGGAAAAACAUCAGCGUUCAAGCAAGAAAUCUGUAAAUUAUUUUCUGUUUCUAGACGGUGCUGGCCUAAACUAAUCCUCUUACUGGAGUCUUUUUAAAAUUUUUCUUUUAUAGUUCUUUUUUUGGAAUUGAAUUGAGGGGCCAUAUUAAUAGUAGGUAGGAACGACCAGGCGUAGGAGUGUGUUGAAAGAGUUUUUUGCAUUUAUUCAGGUGCUGAUGAUGAAUCAAGCGAUUGUAGUCUUUUUGUUUCUCAUCAAACUGGUAAGGACUUAUUUCGAUGCGGUUCCUCUGACGCUCCGUGUCAGACGCUACAUGCAGCAUUACUUAAAGUUAAAGAUGGAGGGAAGAUUUGUCUUGAUGGAAGUGACGGUGAGUCUCAUACGCACAGCUGUGAAAGGGUGGAAAGUCCAAGGAGAAUGAUUUUUUUUCAAAUACCAAACAAUAUAACCAUUCAAGGCUGGCGUGGAAGGGCGCACAUCUCGUGCAUAAAACCUCUCUUUGCCGUAUUUAAACACUCGCAAGAUAUGACAGUCAAGCUAACUCUCGCAAACCUUGUUCUUCGCAACCACAGCCUAGUUUUUAGGUUUAGCACCGUCAAUGUCUUUAUUACUAACUGUACGUUUAUGAACAGCCAAGAAGCAUUUGCCAUUCUUCAAGCCAGUCACUCUCCUGUGUCAAGAACGCAGUCAUCCAGUCUCAUCAUCAGCGACUCAGAAUUCUUAAAUAAUACCGUAUCCGUCUUGGUUGUUAUGUUUCAUGGGGAACUUACCUUAAACAUAUCGAGGUGCGUCUUUCAGGGCGGAGUGGAUGGCGUACGUCUCGAUGGAACCUCCUCGAACAUAACGGCAUCAGCAGCGGUGUACAUUAAAGUUAUUGGGGGGAAAUCCCGAAACACGACGGCAAAAGCAGAAGGCUUUAUCAUCGAUUCCGUUUUUCGUGAACUUGGUCACGAAAAUAAUGGCUUUGCAUUGUCAUUUCUGUCUAACGGUAACAUCUUUACCAACGGAACUUUGAGAAUAUAUAACACCACAUUCUUGCACAACAAAAAUGCUGUAUUAGUUGAUAGAGGUUUAGACGCACAACUAGAGAAUGUGAAGAUUGAUUCUACGAACGGGAAUGCCAUACGCGUUAAUAACCUUUCCACAGUCUCAACUACAAGAUCAUCCAGUCUUCUGAUCAGCAACUCAGAAUUCUUUAAUAACAGUGAAUCCGUCUUCGUGGUUCUGUAUAAGGGGGUGUUCACAUUAAACAUAUCGAGAUGUAUUUUUCAGGGAAAGAUGGGGCGAUUUAAUGGAACCUCCUGGGAUAAAACGACCAUGGCUGCAGUGUACGUCAAAUUAGUAAACCAAUCGCGAGAAUCGACGGUACAGGCAGUCGGCCAUAUCACGGAUUCCGUCUUUCGUGAGCUUGGCCACGAGAACAAUGGUUUCGCAUUAUCAUUACGGGCUUACAAUUACUUCUCUACCGCUGGAAAUUUAACAUUAUAUAACACCACAUUUCUAAGGAACGAAAAUGCCAUAUCCGUGACUGGUGGAUUUGACGUUCGACUGUCAAAAGUGAAAAUCCAUUCCACUUAUGGGUACGCAUUUGUGGCCAGUGGACCUCCAAAACGAAAAGAAACGGAUGCUGAUUUAAGGGUGUUUCUGGAACUCUGCAUUUUCUGGAACAACAAAAUUGGCGUUCGAAUGGCGGCCAACAUUUGCCUGAAUGAUGUCCUUGUUUGUAUGGCUAGCAGCCAAUCGCUAGUUGUCAAAGACAGUUUUUUUAUCGGCGGUAAUGAGACGCGGGGUACGGGUGAUGCAAUCAGAUUCCAGGUGUACUCGGAUUAUUUAUACAGACCACCAUUUAUCAAGGGUGAGCUUAUCCUCGAAAACGUCACUUUCCAAGAGUUACACAACAGCGCUCUGUAUGUACGCAUGCAGAAGAACGUUAUAGGGCAAGUAUUUGUGAAGGACUGCAAGUUUGUGAACAAUUCGGCACUCAUUGAGCGCCUUAGUGAACAGCCAACUGUAAAAAUUGAAUUUGACGAAGAGGAUCCUCCGAAGUGUUUGAACAACGACAAACUGGUGUGGAAAAAUAGAUCUCAGAUACGGGUGAUAUUCCAAGAUAGCGUUAUCGAAGAUAACGUUGGUAUCUCGGGAGCACUGAACUUUUUGAACGGAAACGUUUUUUUGAUAAACUGCACUUUCAAAAACAACGAAGGUUUGACUAUGGGGGGACAUAUUUAUAUGAAAACAGGCUUCGGUAUUCUUCACAUUGUGAACAGUACCUUCCUCCAGACGCGCUUGAAUCGGUUUUCUGAUACAAAGCAACGCGGAAUCGGCUCAAGUAAUGGGUGUUUCGUAGUCACAGACAGCACCGGCCCUUUAACUAUUUCAAAUUCGUCUUUUACAGCAAAUGUCAACAUAAACUUUCAUCCAUUUUUAAAGGCUUCUACCAGUAGUCGGAUUAAAAUUGAUGGUGCUUCCUACCUUCGAUGCCCACCCAGAAGGAGGGUCAAACUAGAUAAAGUCCAACAAAACUUAACUGAGGGUCUUGACUUUACCGAGGGAAACAAGACAUGCUGGAUUAGGUUAAACUACUUCAAGGAGUCUUGCGAAGAGUGUCCCGAUAGGUUUUAUAGUCUUCAGAGAGGACUGGCAACUGGUAUGAAUGUAAGCAAGGGAACUGAGUGCCUCGAAUGUCCCUACGGAGCCACUUGUGAACAUGGAAACGUUAAAGCGAAAGAAAACUUUUGGGGCAUGAACGUUUCAGCAAGUUUUCCUAAAAUGCAGUUUUUCCCCUGUCCUUUAGGAUAUUGUGGCAGUCCGAGCGAUUCCAGUGAUUACGUUUACAAUGCCUGUCAUGGAAACAGGAGUGGCGUGCUCUGUGGCAAGUGUUCUGAUGGGUACAGUGAAACGCUAUAUUCACCCUUAUGUAGAGAGAAAGAGAAAUGUAACGAUCACUGGUUUUGGCUAGCUACUACAAUUUACGUGGUUUUCCUGGCACUUUACCUCGUCUUCAAGCCUCCCAUUUUCUCAGAGCUAUACAAGCAUAGUCUGUGGUUUACGAGAAGAACAGAGAUAUUUGAUGUACAGCAAUUGCGACCUUACAAUGAUCAAAACCACGAUCCUGGAUACCUGAAGAUUAUUUUCUAUUUUUAUCAAGUAGUUGAGCUGGUAAUGGUGAAUUCUCCAGAAACGACUCUUACCAUGGUUCCAAUUAUCCCAUCCGUGAUAGCAAUUUUCAAUUUCCAGGUUAAGACAUUGAACGGUAGAAUUGGCUGUCCAUUUCCUGGCCUCACUGCCGUCACCAAGGCUCUCUUUCAGUGUACGAAGUUCCUGGGAACUUUACUUUCGAUUGGUUUUGUUUAUGUCAUCCAUCGAGCUGCCAGCACGUCCAGAUACAUUUCAGUACCAUCGCUAUCAUUAUACCUGGCUGUUGCUUUGGAAACACUGUUGCUUGGUUAUGAAAGACUUGCUGAUACAUCCCUUAAGCUUAUGCAUUGUGUUCCUGUUGAUAAGGAUUGGCGCCUUUUCGUUGAUGGUAACAUUCAAUGUUGGCAGUCGUGGCAGUUCCUGAUGAUCGGGUUUAUAGUGGCAUUUAUCGUUCCUCUUAUCCUGGUUCUCUUCUGGGGAUCACUGCUGCUCGCCAAAGACCAAUUGACUGCUAAAGAAUUUUUACUGGCUUGUGCAUUCCCUCUACCUCGCCUCGUCACCUGGACUAUACGGCACGUUAGAAGGAGAGAUUCUGAACGUGAAGUGUGCUCCCGCAGUGAUACCGAUGAAAUUAAGAAGGUUCUCUAUGGUCCAUUUCGUGAAUCCUCUUCCGGCGACCAUAGCACCCUGUACUGGGAAAGCGUUCUGACUGGCCGGCGAUUGUUACUGUUGAUCAUUCAUACCUUUGCUACCGAUCCUAUAAUACGCUUCGUCUGCUUAAACUGCGCAUGCGUUUUGAUUCUUGUCCAUCAUCUUGCAAUGAGACCAUUCCGCGACCGGAAAGCCAAUGUCUGCGAAGGUCUUUCCCUGCUGAGCCUGGUUGUCAUCUGCUCGUUCAGUUUGGCUGAAGCCACCUAUAUAUCCGAGGGAUUGGAUCCUACAGAAAAGAAUCAAAACCUCUUUCGUGUUUUGCAGUGGAUCGAGAUAGUCCUGAUUGGGUUGUUACCAGCGGCAGCCUGCAUUCUUGUGAUUUUUGCGACGUUGUCUCAAGUCGUUCGGUUGCUGUACCAAUGUAUUGGAUGCCUGUUACGAGUCAUACCGUGCAGAUGCCUCAUCAUGCAGUUGUGGAUGCCGCGUCGACUACCGCGUAAUUGGGAUCAGGAAAACAGAGAAAUAAUAGUGUAACCCUUAAUAGCAAUAUGCUGAUAAACGUUUUGCAAUAACAGAGCGAUCUUUCGCGCGCUAAUUGGUCAAGAGCUAUGGUCCUUGAGACUAUAGACCAUGGAAAGGACGUGAAGAUGACGUAAUUUUUUACUCUUCCUCUUGCGCGUGAUUUUCCAAGAAACUUCAUUGGAAAUGGACGUCAAAAACUGUGCAUGUUAUUGUAAAAAACAAAUCGACAACAAUAUUUUCCAUUUCUAUACUCAUAUAUUGUCCAUAGAGAAGGCGUCAAAAUUUCAAAACUUUGCUGUGAAAUCACUCUCAUACGGCUCGUAGUUCUACUUGAUCAUGAGUUUUGCAGACGCCAUUUCUAUGGUCAAUAAUAGAAGAGACCUCAGAAACAUUUCUGUCGAUUUGUUAAAUAUAUGUAGACGUUCCUUAUAGAUACGGCAACUUUGUCGUUUUAAUAAACGUUAUAGUACAAUAGUGUUACUUAACUUCAAACGUUUAGUUGGGCAAUGUAACCAAGACUUAAUACUACACAAAAAUGAACAACGGAGUCUGUAUCAACAGAAGUUCAUCCUAGUAGCCACCAAGUUGUACUAAUUAACUUACUCUGUUAGAAUUAAGGAACAACUGUUAAAAGGUGUCUUUGACUUAGACACGUACGAGCUGAAGAAGUACACCUAAACUUGAAAAGUCGAACGACGUUUUCAAUUUUGUUUGAGAUAAAAUCAUUCAAAAAGUACAGUGAAUGUGAUUUUGAAAAAUUCCUUUAGUGAUCCCAGAGCAUUGGACGAGAAAUUGGCUUUGGCUUGAAAUUGCAGUUCAAGUAACGAGACCUAAAUUUAAAAAAACUGACAGUUACAAAUGUUCACGUGAAAAUCGGCCUUGCACAUGCGUCCUCUUUCCUCGAGAGUUGCAUGACUUUUUGCGUUUUUGUGCACUAAGUAAUUAAUAAGAUAGGUAAAAUUAGAACUGUAAACUAAAGCCAUAAAUCGCUAUAUUAGAAGAAUACCGUUAUCAAUUUUCGGCUUCGAACGGUAGGCGUUACUAGUACCUAGUAAAUGAAAGGUCGAUUAAAAUUCACUUACACGGUGCCUUUUUUAACAAAUAUCUCUUACAAAGAAAGACUAAUGUCUGUAAACCUACUUCCUGUGUGCUACUGGCACGAGUUACUAGAUCUAGUAUACUUUUACAAGGCCACGCAUAACAUGAUUCACUUAGACCCGUCGGUUGUUCCCUUCGUGCAGGAAUGCGCGCGAAGGACCCGUAUAUCCGUAACGAGCUCUCAAUCUUUUGUGCCUAAAAAAUGCAGGACUUCUACCUUUCAGAAAUCUUUUUUCAUUAGAACCACUAGUAUCCGGAACCUGCUUAUGGACUUGACUUAGACAAUGUUACUUUUGAGAACUUUAAAUCUUUUGUUUACGGUUAUUACUCGCGGGCUCUAGCAAUAAACUAUGACCCGAACUCUCCAAGGAGCUUCAUAAGUAUUUGCCUGAAAUGUAACACAGCCAGGUUUUAGAUCAGGAAAUUAGCUGCUGCAUGUGAUUUAAAUUGCUACUUUUAUAUCUUUUUGUUUUUUGGGUCUGCAGUAAUUGGCUUUAGCUGUUGCGGUGUCCCUGCCCUAAUAUUUGAGUUAUUAUUAGUGUAUUGUUACGUUCUUAUUACUAGUGUUUGCAUAUCUACAGUGUUUUUUUUUUGUAUUCUUCGGGGC